CAACAACAACCACCAAUUCUCCCCUCUUAUCUCCCCCACUUCUUCCCUCCUCCUCAUCUCCGUGAUGGAUCGUUGACCCUUUCCUCCCCUAACUUCAUUGACAGGAGACCGGUCCCCUCUUGCUGGGUAGACCUCCCGAACAACCCGCGGUUGUCGGUCCUCGAUGAAUUACCAAUCAAUCACCAUGGCAGAUAAUGCCCCCGACAACAGCCGUCAACAGGACCGCCUAUCGCCCAGGUCCUCCGUUGACGGAAAUGGACGAUGGGCUUGCCACGAUGGUCUUCACAACACUGCUCCCGCCCCCCAGAGCUUCACCGCGCGAUCCUUGCUCGUCGGCCUGCUCGUCGGCGCCCUCAUCACCUUCUCCAACACCUACUUCGGCCUGCAGACAGGAUGGAUCAGCACCAUGGCCAUGCCCUCCGCCCUGAUCGGCUUCUCGGUUUUCAAGGUCCUAUCCAAGCACCUCUCCUACCCGUUCACCCCCGUCGAGAACGUCCUCAUACAAACGGUGGCGGGCGCAGUGGGCACCAUGCCGUUGGGAUGCGGCUUUGUCGGAGUCAUCCCCGCCCUGGAGUUCCUCAUCAGGGAUGGGGAGGAUGGCCCGUCUGGUGACGGCGGCUCAGGAGAGGGUGGGCCUCUGAAGCUAAACUUCUGGAAGUUGGUGCUCUGGAGUCUGGGUGUGUGUCUGUUUGGGGUCGUGUUCGCCGUCCCUUUGAGGCGGGAGGUGAUUGUUCGGGAGAAGCUGAAGUUCCCGAGCGGCACGGCAUCGGCACUGAUGUUGAAGGUGCUGCAUGGGAGCGGAUCCGGCGAUGAGAAGGCGAAGCCCAGGGUGGAUGACGUCGAGGACGUUCAGCAGCGUCAGGAAGAAUACGAAGCGCCUGUAGAAUCUGGGGAAAGUGCGUUUCUGCUUAAACAGAAUAGCUCUGAUGACUCCGUUGAUAACCAAAAGGACUGGAGAUCGAAGAUGCGUCUCCUGGUGGGCGCCUUCGCGGUUUCCGGGGUUUAUACUCUCUUCUCCUAUUUCGUCCCGCAGGUUCGUGAUAUCCCGAUCCUGGGUCUCUACCUCGCGAAAAAUUGGUUAUGGACCCUCAAUCCGUCGCCCGCCUAUGUCGGCCAAGGCAUCAUCAUGGGUCCCUCGACCUGUAUGCACAUGCUCUUUGGAGCCGUUCUCGGCUGGGGGAUACUCUCGCCACUUGCCAAAGCGCGUGGAUGGGCCCCUGGGCCGGUGGACAGCUGGGAGGAUGGAAGUAAAGCAUGGAUUGUAUGGAUCUCACUGGCCAUCAUGCUGGCCGACUCUCUCGUCAGCCUUGGCUGGCUGGUGCUGAGGCCCCUCGUACCCCUUGUCCUCAAGCUGCAAGACCGACUUCUCCGGACUCACAUCGGGCGUCGGAUGCUCCCGAGAGGAUCCACGCCUCCCCACAGCCAGUCGUACAUCAACUAUUCCGUCCUCAGUCCCAUCACCGAAGAGUCAUCCAUUCCAAGCCACUCCGCCCCCUCCACCGGGCGACCCAGCACGGCCGGUGUCGAAGAUGACGAUGCGCCUCCCUCCCAGCUGAUCUCCUCCCGGACCGUGAUCAUCUUACUCCCCCUGACCCUCCUCCUCAACGUCGUCUGCAUGCACGUGGUCUUCGGCGACAUCAUGUCCCCUCUCCUCUCCAGCCUCGCCACCCUCCUCGCCGUCCUCCUCUCAAUCAUGGGCGUCCGCGCGCUAGGCGAAACAGACCUGAACCCCGUCUCCGGCAUCAGCAAGCUAACCCAGCUGCUCUUCUCCCUCGCCACCCCGGCCUCGCACUUCUCCCGCCGCACCGCGCUUGUCACCAACCUCCUCGCCGGUGCGGUGUCCGAAUCCGGCGCCCUCCAAGCCGGCGACAUGAUGCAGGACCUGAAAACCGGCCACCUGCUCGGCGCCAGCCCCAAAGCCCAAUUCUACGGCCAAAUGAUCGGCAGUCUCGUCGGCGCCGUCCUCUCCACCGCCGUCUACAAGAUGUACGUGCGCGUCUACGAAGUCCCCGGCCCCAUGUUCCAAACCCCGACAGCCUACGUGUGGAUCUUCACCGCCCGUCUCGUCACCGGUCAAGGUCUUCCCCCGAUGGCAUGGCAAGCUUCCCUGGUCGCAGGCCUGGUUUUCGUCGCCGUGACUAUCCUGCGCAUUGUCGCCGCCUCCCCCAUCGCCAACGGCGGCCGUCGCGACGUCUCCCACCCCUGGCGCGACUUUAUCCCCGGCGGUAUCGCCGUCGCCGUGGGCAUCUUCAACGUCCCAUCCUUCACAUUGGCCCGAGCCAUUGGCGGCCUCAUCGCCUGGUGGUGGUCCCGCAGACACACCCACACCCACGCCGCAACUGACCCCCAUGCUCAGCAGAACAUACCUGGCUCUGAGGCGAGAGAUCAACUCGCUGGAUCGUCCUCCGGACAACCCGCCGCCGCCAAAGACGCCGACGUGGCCUCUUCUACGGUCGUGGUUCUCGCUUCCGGAUUAAUUCUCGGCGAGGGAAUCAUCAGCAUCGUCAAUCUCCUUCUUGCUAGUGGAGGUGUUCCGCACCUUUAAAUAGGAUUCAGUAUUAUUAGACUUGCCUCAACUGAUGAUUGGCUGAUCAUCAAUGAAUACUUGCAUAACAUACCCACAUGUAUAUAUAUCUGUUCAGGAGAGAGGGAUAAAUCCCAGUGUGUCUGGAUUAAAUCACUCCAACCCCACCUCAACCCUACAUUCAAGAGUAUUCUACUACCAUUCAUGAAUGAUAAAAUAAAAG